GGUGUAUGAAUCAAGGAGCUGAUGAUAGAAAUAAAAGUAUUAAUUUUAGAGAAAUUAAGAUCUUCCACUUAAGGCUGGAAAUUAAAUAAACUGUAGUCUAUUUAUUUAUUGUGUGAUCGUGCCCAUUCGAAAAAAAAAGUAGAAUCAUUUAUUACAAUGGCAUUGCCACCAAAUGGACCCAUCGAAGUCGUCUUCUCUCUGGAUACCACUGGAUCCAUGUCAUCGAUCCUCGAUGAAGUUCGACAUCGCCUUCAAGAUAUGAUCACACGUCUUCAAGCAGAUAUUCCUGGCAUUAGAUUCGCUGUUGUUGCCCAUGGUGAUUAUUGUGACGCCGAACAUUUUUACGUGACGAAGCACGUUGAUUUUACUGACGAUUUACCCACAUUAUGUAACUUUAUGAAUGACGUCGGUGGAACUGGCGGAGGUGACGUCAGUGAGUGUUAUGAACUUGUUCUGAGAUUGGUGAGGGACAAAUUAUCAUGGACGCCUUACUCUCAGCAGAUUUUAAUUAUGGUUGGGGACGCCUAUCCACACGAAGCUGAUUAUCCAUUAAACGUUGAUAAAAUCGACUGGCGAGAAGAAUUACACUUUUAUACUCAUGCUGGAGUACAUAUUUACGGCGUCCAUGUUUUUGAAGAUGAACAGUCGGCUAGUUUUAUGAAAACCAUAUCCGAACAAACCAGUGGAGAAUACAUCAAGAUGGCGGACUUUAAUCACGUCUGUGAUGUCAUCAUGGCUAUUUGUUAUCGAGAAAGAGGGGCGGACUUUUUAGAGGGAUAUGAAGCUGAAGUGAGAUCCAGAUUCGGAAAGAAACCAAUGGACGAUGGUUUAGAAGAUGUUUUUGGAGCUUUAAAAAGAGCCGAUUCAAAAGCUAGUAAUACAACACUGCCACCACCCUUGUCCCCGCUUAGCAGUAUGACGUCAUCCGAACCGUCUACGUCAGAGACAAACAUCAGAAAGAUUUCAUCCAUACCACACGAUCCACUGAACAGGCUCCCCAAGUUAAAAACAAAAGUAAAAGCUCGUAAAGUUGCCACAACAAACAUUCGAGGAGACGAAACUACGUCGAUGCCGUUUAUCAAACCCAAAAUCACAAAGCACAUAAGAUACCCAAAGAAAAUGAAACCAUCAGCAGCUAAAUGCAAGAAGCCGGAAUACAAUCAACCUCAACGAAAAUUACUCCGAGAAAGAGUUACCGUGAACAAUUUCCUAUACAACAAUCUACAUUGGUCAACUUGGAAAUUGGCAAUACAACCACGCCCUGUUACCAAGCAACCAUCUCCCGGAUGGAAAACCGUCAACAACCAACUCAGACGUACAGUGUUAUUCCGAGGGAGCAGACGAACGCGACCAACCUUUUACGAAGUCGCGGUUCAAACGAAACCGGGUCACAAACGUCACGUUGUGUAUUUUAGCGUGAAAAAUUUUUCCGAGGUUCCUGAGAAUUGGUUUAAUGUUUUAUUUGACGAUGACGUGUCACACCAGGUGAAAUCUGUGGUUUCCAGUGGUUGUCGUGUUUUUGUUCGUAGAGCUCACCUUGUAAUUCGUAAACCCAAUACCCCCACUCGUUUUCUCAAUGACGUCAGGCGGGUGUACGACUAUCCUUGGGGCGGAUCUAGAGACGUAUACAUCCAAAACGAUGACGUUUAUAUCUCAAAACAAUGACGUUAACACAUAUUUAGCAAUGCAGUGGUUUAAACAACAGGGCUGAUAAAGUAUUUGCUAGCUAUAGGCCUAUCAACUUCUCAAGAUUCCUAGCAAAGUCAAUUAACCAGUUACCCGUCCACGAGAUAGAUCUGUGAUAUGUGAAUCAGAUAAUUUGGUAUACAGGAGCAGGGCAAGGUGUAACAUGACACUGUAUAGAAAAAACUGGGAAGGACAAGUCUCCAAUAUGAUCUAUCCUUUGUUUUAUUAACAAUAAGAAAAGGGAUGUUUUAAAAACUGGAUGAAGUCGGUAUAUUGAAACUGAAGAAAUAUGAAUGGAGCCAGGUGCAAUAAAUAACGAACGACAGACGUUACUUUAUGUUGUGACGUGUGAUAGAGAAUGUCACGUGUCAUUGUACAUAUAAACAUUUAUUAUGAAGCAGAUAUUACCAUGUAAAUAUUAGUUAUACCUACACAUGUAAAUAUUGGUUAUACCUACACCUGUAAAUAUUGUUUACACCUGUAUCAUGUAAAUAUUGGUUAUACGUGUAACAUGUAAAUAUUGGUUAUACCUACACCUGUUAAUAUUGUUCACACCUGUAUCAUGUAAAUAUUGGUUAUGCGUGUAUCAUGUAAAUAUUGGUUAUAC